CUUACUCUCUCUAUCUUAUUCUUAUGGGGAUAAUAGUUAAUUUCGAUCUCUCUUUUUAUUAUUUCAAUCUCAAUAAUAAUAAAUCUGUCGCUCCACAAAAGAAGCGCCAACGAAUUUGGAUCCCUCAAUUCCACCGGAUAUCCAAAUCGCACCGGAACUUUGUUCUAUUCUGCUCUCCGUCACUCAAUUGCAAUCGGGUAAUUUGUCUGUUUUCCUUUCUCCUCGCCAUUCUUCUGCUGCAAUUCCUCAUCCAUUUCCAUCCUGGCAUCGCUCUCCCUCGGUAACUUCCUUUCACAACGCUUUCCUGAUCGUGUUUGGCUUUUGUUAAUCCACCCAAGUUGGAAAUCGAUUGCUCUACUUUCUGGCGAUUUCCCCAAUCCCGCGGUCCGUCUGUCAGUUAAUCCGCCUGAAUCAUUUCUGAUUUCAUUGGGCUCGCAUACUAGGCCACGCAUUUAACUGCUCGUCCGUCACAACUCAGAACCCUGUUUGUCUCCUGAGAAAACCUUAUGACGCUAAUUUAGUCGCUGUAGCAAAGUUUAGGAUGCACUUUUCCCUUCGAUCCAGCUCCUCAUCCUGUAUGAAGUACAUGAUCCCCUGCUUUCGUUUGCUGAAUUGGUGAUUUUUGAGGGUUUUCUAGUUUUUAUCAUUUUGGCCUUCAUGGGUUGCUCUUGCUCAUGCUACUAUUCAGAUUCCGUCUCUAGUUUACCGAACCCUGGAAGAGUGCUUUCUACCUACAACACUUUCCUUCGCCUAAUGAAAACUAGUCUAAUUUCAGGCUGAAUCUAAUAUCCUACUUGCGAUGGACCGCCUCAAGGAUCCUGCUCGUCUUAUGAUAGUCUCGGAUCUUGAUCAUACCAUGGUUGAUCACCAUGACGAGGAGAACAUGUCUCUCCUUAGGUUCAAUGCAUUGUGGGAAGCCCAUUACCGGUUAGACUCUCUCCUGGUGUUCUCCACCGGGAGGUCACCUACGCUGUAUAAAGAAUUGAGUAAGGAGAAACCCAUGUUGACGCCUGACAUAACUAUAAUGUCUGUGGGAACUGAGAUCACUUAUGGUAACUCUAUGGUCCCUGACGAUGGUUGGGUUGAAGUUCUGAAUCACAAAUGGGACAGGAAAGUUGUUACAGAGGAGACUAGCAAGUUUUCUGAACUUAAGCUCCAGUCAGAGACAGAGCAGCGACCUCACAAGAUUAGCUUCUAUGUGGAUAAAGCUAAGGCUCAGGAUGUGAUAAAGGCCCUCUCUGAUAUAUUCCAGAAACGUGGGUUGGAUGUGAAGAUAAUUUACAGCGGAGGGAUGGAUUUAGAUAUCCUUCCACAAGGAGCUGGAAAAGGCCAAGCUCUGGCAUACUUGCAUAAGAAGUUCAAGAGUGAGGGGAAACUACCAAAGAAUACUCUUGUCUGUGGUGACUCUGGAAAUGAUGCAGAACUAUUCACCAUUCCUGAUGUGCAUGGAGUUAUGGUUAGCAAUGCUCAAGAAGAACUUCUGCAGUGGUAUAAUGAAAACGCUAAGAGUAACCCUAAAGUAAUCCAUGCAACAGAGAGGUGUGCAGCUGGCAUUAUUCAGGCCAUUGGUCAUUUUGGACUUGGCCCAAAUACUUCCCCAAGAGAUGUAACCAAGUCUACUGAAGGUGAUGCACAAAGCAUCCAUCCCAAUCAUGAAUUGGUCAAAUUCUUCUUGUUCUUGGAGAAAUGGAGGCGCGCAGAAAUCGAGAAUUCAGAGUCAUUUUUGUCAAGUUUCAAAGCUGAUUCAGAUGCAUCUGGGAAUCUUGUUCAUCCAUCUGGUGCUGAGCUUUCUCUCUCUGAUGCUAUGAAUAAAAUUAGGAGUUGCUACGGUGACAAGCAGGGGAAACAGUUCCGGUUCUGGGUGGACCAGGUUUCAUCCAUCCCAAUUGGCUCAAAUACAUGGCUAACAAAGUUCUAUAAGUGGGAACAAUCAGAGGAGGAAAGGCAAGGUUGUGUGACCACGUGUAUAGUUAGUUUGAAGGCUGGCAAUCCGACUCCAACGUUUUUGCAUGUGCACCAGACAUGGUUGGAAGUAUCAGCAGCUUCUAAAGAUCACUCUACCUGGAUCUUUUAGAUCUCUCUCUUCCUCUCUCUCUGUAACAUCCAGGGAAAAAGAAAGGAAAAAGUUUGGUUUACUGGAAAUAAGCAGCCCAAUCUACUACUGUUUCGAUUGUUUUUUUGUAAUAGGUUCAUCUCAUUUCCAUCCAUCACAAAGUACGUACACAGCCAAGGAUGAUGAUUGAUGGGUAACAUUACCUGAUUAAAAUAAUGCAGUAAUGCUGCUGCUGCUAUGCCUUCCAAUGAUCUUGCCGUUGCUUUCACGUUAGUAGUGAUCUGAUAUUGUGUUGCCCUUCAUGUACGUGGAAACUGUUUUGCUAUUCAACUCAAAAGUCAAAACUCCAUUCACAGGCCAUCUCUGGAAACGUCUCCUCCUGUCAAAUACUCGAAAGCGAAACCGACGUUUAGCUUUUACUGUGUGAGGCCCAUCGUUUCGCUGUUCUUCUGGUUGCUGCAAUUGUUGGUUUCUAAUUGGUUAAAUUAGCAGGGCAGGGCCAAUACGGUGUCUUAUCUAUCUUAUUCUUAUCUAAUACUAGCACAGGACCCGGCCCGUUGGCCGGAAGAAUUUUGUCGAGAAAUAUGCUAUAUAAUAAUGAAUAUAUAAUAGAGGAUUUGAAAUGCACAAAAUAAUUGUAAACUAACUUAGUUAUCCACAUAACAUUUUUGAAAGUGAUCCAACUAUUUCAUAAUAUGUCUAGACCACCAUGAAAUAAGCAUUACUUAUAAUUAUUGAAUAAUAAUAAAAAAUAUAACUAAUUGUCAUCCAUUAUUUAAUUAAACUAUAUAAUUGAAUAUUAGAGUUGUUUCUCAUAAUACAUACAUAAUCAACCUUUAAGAUGAAAGAAAAUGUCUCUCAUAGAGUUAAGUAUGUCCUUUAAGUUUUUCCCAAUAUAGAGCAUUCUUUUUUACCACACCAUUGGUAAUGAAUCUGAAGUUGCUUGAUUUGAAAUAUAUAGGACAUGAUGCUAAAUUGUCGCUAAUAGUUGGUUGGAGAAUGUGUUGUGUAUAGAUUUCCAAAAUUAUUCUCAGAUCGCAGACAUGUUUAACAACAAUGUAGUAAUUUUCAUGCAACAAAUAUUUUUUCAUGAAAUAAUUCAAUAAAUAAAAACCUAUGAAAAUCCUAUUACAUGAAAUGAAAUAUAUAGUACUCAUUAAGUUGAUGAAUGAGCAAGGGUAUAAGUAACAUACAUCUAUUUUAAAAAUAUAGAAGUUGCAAAGUGUCUUUUGGGUUUAAUGAGAUCGGAUAUUCUCAUUAUCUGACUUUUUUUUUUUUUUUGCAAUAAAUAGUUCAAAAUGUGCCUUAAAACUUCUGUUUCCACCAGUGUAAAAGAAUUGUUUGAACCAAAUGAUUACAAUAGUAUAAAAAAAAUUGACAGUAGAGUAUUUUAUGCUGAAACCAUAAUUUAACUGUGGUUCAACCGUUUCAUAUUGCUAAAUAUCACCUAUCGAUUUAGCCUAUGGUGUGAAGUUUUAUGGUCGAGCCGCCAAUAUGUACGAUCUUUCAAUUCAAACUUUAAAUAAAAAACCACUAAAAUAUUGAUAUGAUCAAAUACCUUUAAAUCUCAUAAAUUACCAUAAUCGUAUUAAGGAAAAAAUCAUCCAAAUGAUAAUAUUGAUUUAGGAUUUUAUGGUGUCAUUUGGAAGUUGCGAUUGUUAAAUAGAUAUUGUGUUGUGAAUGCAUGUAUAAUAUUAUAUGUAUUGUCGGAUUAGAUGCAUUGUGUAUGUCACAUAAGCUAAAAGUUUAGACAAAACAAUCCCAACUCAACUAUCUCAACAAUAACAACUAAAAUUUGAGAUUUAACAAUUCUCAUUUUGAUUGAUAGUUUCGGUCACAUCACAGAUGUAAUCCAUGUAUUGGUUCUACUAAAAAAUAUAAAAAUGAUGAAUUCUAAACAAUACAUGUAUAGUAAAUCUCAACAAAACAAUCACAACUUUCAAACGACCCCUUAAUCGAAAUGAAAAAAUUCUAUCAAAUAUAAUGUCAUCUCCUAAAAUAAAUCAAAAUUCAACAGGGCAAAGAUUACCCACUAAGCAAAACAGAAGAGCAAUUAUUUCACACUACCUCAUUCCCCCCCCCCCCUCGUUAAAGUAUGUUCUCUCACUCUCUCUUAUGCCUCGUUCACUUGCCAUUUUGUUUUAUGUUUUCUGCUGUGACAACAAAAAUAAAAAUAAAAAACAAAUUGUAAGAAAUGUGUUCACUUGCAAUUUCAUUGUCGUUGGAAAAAAUAAUGGAGAAUAAAAGAGGCAGUUGGGCGAAAACAAUAAAACAUCCUUUGCUGGAAAAUGAGAGACGAAUUUCCUCCCGUUGCCCAUUGGGUUAUGCCCCCAUUCCUUUUAAUGAGCCUAGCGUUCGAAUCCCUUUGCCACAUUUUUUUUAUCCUUUUGUUCACUUAGACCAACGACGCCGUUUUGCUAACCCCAGCUCCCAUCGUUCUUCUCCCAGCCUCCCCCAAACUCGACCUCUCCAUCGAACGAAGUUGCUACAGUUCGCCUCUUCUUCCUCUAGCAGAUGGAGAGAAGAUCGAUCCGACGAACUCCUUCUAUAGUCGGCGAAGCUCCAACGACGAAGGACAGGUUUGCUUUGAGAUGCCAGCAGGUAUUACCCUUCCACCGCUAAGUUAUAUCAUUCUCAAAGGCUUAGAUCCUCAAGGUCAUAUCAAUAGAGGUGUGGAUUAGGAUGGAUGAGACAAUGGUGGCUACACUUGCCCAGCGGGUCGUCGAUAAUCCUCUUUGUUUUUCCAUUUGUUUUUCCAUCUCUCUCUUUGAGCUUUGUAUCUCACCACUCUCCCCCCUUCCUUCCUCUUUCUUCCCACCGCUUGGAAUUGAGAGAAACCUAGAAACAUCCCAAUUACUUAUCCAAUUUUGCAUUUGAAAUGCUUCUUCUCCAUUCACAAUCAAAAGUGUGAAUCAGAGGACCUGAAACCUGGCGACCAAAUGGCCGCUUAUUCCUCUCAAAUGGCGCAUUUCUCCAUAAAACACGAGUGCACCAAUAUAGACUAUGUGGUGCUCGCACUUGUGCGCGAGCGCUUGAAGUUGAAGUCAGGUAUGACCCAUGAAGCAUUCAUACUUAUAUAGGGUCGAUCCAUAUACAUUGUCUUCAUGGUAUGCUCUAACUGUGUCAUGCUAGCUCGAUCAUGUGUCUGCGUAUAGUUACAUGCAUUCUAAUAAUUAAGUUUUUAUAUAUUCACAACACCAAGAUAAAAACAAUCAUAAAUGCUAAAAUAAAACAUUUGAAUCAACUACCACUGAUGCCGCAAAUAAUAAGUAUAUCUCUAAAUCAUACAUAAAAUAUUUCAAACAUAAAAAAUAUUAAGAUUAAAUUAAUUAUUAUAAAGAGUAAAAAUUAUAUAAUGAGGUUAAUUAUAACUCAUUUAUAUGUCAAUGCCCUUAAAUUGAUCAACACACCCAAAAAUGGAAAAAUGAACAUCACAUUAAACCUAAUAUCUUCUCAUUAUUGUCGGAUCCAUUCAUGCUAGAUUAGCAAAAGGUUUAAUGUUUACCAAUUAACCAGGCUAAAAUUUUAGAGAACCAGUCACAUAUAGUUUGUACAAAAUAUUAUUGCUUCGUAGUAGUUCUGUAAAUUUAUAUUAAUUAAAGAAUUCUACAUCUCUGUUGCAUAUUCAAUACUGCAAUUCGAUAUGCAAUUCAAGCAUUGAAUUUGUGUUGCAAUUUUAAGAUUACCCGUCAUUUUAUAGGUUAUAAAUGAAUUAUAAAUCACGUAUUAAACUUUGCUUUUUAGAAUAUUUAAUAGGCUAGCUAAACGUGAUGGAAAGUUCCUAUGCUUUUCAAAUAUUCGCUAAGUGUAUGCUUACAAUUCAAGAAGAUAAAACAAAUUUGUUUAGUGUAAUUGGUUGUGAUUUAUUUUUCUAAGAGUCCAUGGUUCAAAUCUAGAUGUUAAUACCUUUUUAUAAGAAGUAGAUAAAUAAUUGCGAUGAAAAAAAUACUCUUCCUACUUUCAGUCUCGUUUCACGAAAUUGGAAAUGAAAAAUCUUAAAACGUUGAAUAUAUCUUAUAGAAAAAGCUUCUUCAACCAGGUAAGAAGGACAUUUUACCUGAAAUUAUUAUAUCUUAUAGAAGUGAUUAAUUGUGAAAUCGGAACUCAAGUAACAUUUAUUCAAACAUUAAAUAUUAAAUUGUAUGUGUGGUAUAGUUUAGAUAAAAUACAUGUGUGUAGCCAAAACAUGGGUCUUCGUGACUUAUAUAGUAACUUUUUGUGACAAAUCUACACAUAAAAUAAAGAUAUAUUUGGCACUAUGACGAAAAAAGAGGUUCGUAGAAUCACUCUCAGACCACGAAAUUUAAAAGAAGACUCUCAUUUUCCAAUUUUAUCAUUAUAUUAUGUGUAGAUUUGUCACAAAAAAUGUUAUACUCGUUACAAAGGUCCAUGUUUUGGUUACACUUUUGUAGUUUGUCUAAACUAAACUACACAUUCAAUUUAAUAUUAAUUUUUGAAUCAAUACUACUUGAGUUCCGAUUUCAGAACUAAUCUCAUUCUAUAAAAUAUAAAUAACUUAAAGAUAAAAUAUAAAUAUAGAAGCAUCAUCACAAACAUAUUCCUAGAGUUUAAUCAAAGAAAUAACAAUAGAUAUAAUGUAGCCUAGUUGGUUAUAAUACUCUUUCUUCAUUUAAUUGAUCCAGGUUCGAACUCCAAUGAUAACAUUUUUAAUAUAUAAAGAUAAAGUGGGCGCAAUGACAAAAAUGUCCUUCCUACAAUCACUCUUAGGCCACGAAAUUUGAAAUGGGAGAAUUCCAACCCAUGUUUUGCCUUUAUAUAUCUUGUAGAUUUAACACUUAGAUAAAAAAGCCAGGCUUACGAAAGUCAAUGUCGUGAUGCACCAUCUGGGUUACAUAAAUUUGAGUAGUUGUAAAUAACACGAUGAUGAUCCAGUGAAGGAGUGGAGUAGAAUGAAUCAUCCUCAAAAUGGUUGAGUCUAGAAGCUCACGUACUUGAACAGAUUUUUUGGGCAGAGCAUAUGGCUGCUGUGGCGCCAGAGCAGUCCGCCACUUGUUAGACGCACACACAAACCAUGGUAUCCUGCUUCUCUGUAUUUAACUACUUAAUUAAUAUAUAAGUAGAGUUGGAGCGCGAUCAUAUUCAUAGAUAGUAUCCUGCUUUACCCUUCUUCUAUCAUCUCCUCUCAUGCAAAGCAAAGGGUAGUCGAGAGUGGGCUUGUGUUUCCACUAAUUACUCUUCUGCCUACUAAUCCUUACCUCGAUCAUCAAUCGUCAAAGGGUGUGGAGUUGUUGGGUGUUUUCUUUUUCCUCUUCGGUGGGUGGGUCUUUGGAGAAACCGUCCGUUGGACAUUUAUGACACCUGGCUGGGCGGGCUGCUCCCUUGUCAUCUCAUCAUCACUCUCUCUUUCGCUUUCUCUCUCCUCCAACAGCCAGAAUAGAAACCAAAACUACUAAUUUGCUUUCUUCCUAAUUGGAGUCAGCUUUCACAUGCAUUUCCAUUCCCCGGCCCUGCAUCUGUGCUCAUUUAUAAGCGUGCGAUUGAUGAUGAUGAUGAGUUGGUGGUGGGUGAAAGGAGCUGGUUACGUGGCGGCGGUGGCAGUCUCAGGCGGAAGCGUAGCACUGAUUUCUCGUCAACUCCACCACCGUCUCGUCAACGAUUUCAUGUCUCAGCUCCAAUUCCAUCUGCUCCCUUCCCCUUCCCCUCCCCCUCCCAGACCCAAACCCAAGACGGGCAAACGGGUGCGUUUUGCCGAUGACGUGGUGGCAAGAG